UCUAGACCAUCCGAUUUCCUGUCAAACAAUUUAUUUUUACAUCAAACAAAUUUAUCUGUUGAUAUUCAAAUUAUUCCGUGUACUUUCGUAGGUCGGCUCAUAUCGGUUGCUAUUGCUAACUAGCUCGACGCCGGCAGAGCUGUCACUACUGACCGCAGCUGGGUACCGUGUGGGUUUACCGUCCCUUCUUUCCACUGCUUAUUAUACCGUAUUUAUCACGGUCAAAGGGAAGAAAUUAUCAAGACGAUGUCGAAACUAAUACCAGUGCCUUGCGUCGCCUCCGUUUGGAAACACAGACGUCUUGUACAUUUGAGGAAUUUGGGAGUUCCGACUCGACAGUUGAGCAGUAAACCUGACUCGGAGUACUUGCAGCGCAGUGUGGUACCGUCCAUGCACUACCAGAAGAGCUUACCCAGGCUGCCCGUACCAAAAUUGGAAGAUACCAUCCGAAGAUACUUAGCAGCUCAGCGGCCUCUCCUGAAUGAUGACCAAUUCAAGGAAACAGAAAAAGUGGCUGUGGAUUUCCAGAAUGGCGCUGGCAAAGUGCUGCACGAGGAGCUUGUCGCUCAGGACAAGAACAACAAACACACCAGCUAUAUUUCAGCUCCAUGGUUUGACAUGUACCUGUCUGCACGCGACUCUGUGGUGCUCAACUUUAACCCUUUCAUGAGCUUCAACUCGGACCCAAAGCCGCAGUACAACGACCAGCUUGUGCGGGCGACCAACAUGGUGUGUUCAGCAGUGCGCUUCAUGAAGACGCUGCGAGCCGAACUGCUGGAGCCUGAAGUCUUCCAUUUGAAUCCAGCAAAGAGCGACACAGACCAAUUCAAGAAGCUGAUCCGCUGGGUCCCCAGCUCUCUGUCCUGGUAUGGUGCCUACAUGGUGAACGCCUAUCCUCUGGACAUGUCCCAGUACUUCCGCCUCUUCAACUCCACACGUGUCCCCAAGACAGGGCGUGAUGAGCUGGUCACUGAUGUGAACGGACGGCAUCUGCUGGUCAUGAGGAAAGGACACAUGUAUGUGUUCGACGUUGUCGACAGGGAUGGGAAUUUGGUGACGCCGGCAGAGAUUCAAUCGCACCUGAAGUAUAUUUUGUCUGACCAGACACCUGCAGCUGAUCAUCCUCUGGGUGUGCUGACCAGUGAGAACAGGGAUGUGUGGGCCGGACUCAGACAGAAGCUGCUAGCAGCUGGGAAUGAGGAGAAUUUAAAGUUAGUUGAUAGUGCUGUAUUCUGUCUCUGCCUGGAUGACGAGACCAUGAAAGACCCCAUACACAUCUCACACACCAUGCUGCACGGUGACGGCUGCAACCGCUGGUAUGACAAGUCCUUCAGCAUCAUUCUGGCCAAAGACGGUCAGGCAGCUAUCAACUUUGAGCACUCCUGGGGCGAUGGGGUGGCCGUGCUUCGGUUUCAGAAUGAAAUCUUCAAAGAUACGACGGAGAAGCCACUUGUGCAUCCUGGAUCUGCUACGCAGGUGGAUUCGGCAUCUUCUGUGCGCAGACUUAGCUUCAACAUGGACGAUGAGGUGAAGAGUGGUGUUAAGAAGGCAAAAGAGAAGUUUGAUGCCGCAGUGUCCAGACUGACCAUUGAUGCAAUGCAGUUCAUGAAAGGUGGGAAAGAGCAGCUGAAGAAAAGCAAGCUGAGUCCAGAUGCAAUUGCUCAGCUGGCCUUUCAGAUGGGCUUCCUGAGGCAGUAUGGCCAGACAGUAGCUACAUACGAGUCCUGUAGCACGGCAGCAUUCAAGCAUGGCCGUACGGAGACCAUCCGUCCUGCGACUGUCCACACCCAACUGUGUUCACAUGCUUUUGUCAAUGAGCCAGGGAAGCACACUGUGGAGCAACUGAAGGGAUUACUCAGCGAGUGUUCCAAAUAUCAUGGCCAGCUCACCAAAGAGGCAGCAAUGGGUCAGGGAUUUGACCGUCACCUGUUUGCUCUGAAGUACCUGGCCAACUCGAAGCCGCAGCCUCUACACGGCCUGUAUGCUGACCCAGCAUAUGCCGCCAUCAACCACAACAUCCUUUCCACCAGCACUCUGACCAGCGCAGCAGUGUCACUCGGAGGCUUCGCACCAGUGGUGCCUGACGGCUUCGGUGUCGGCUACGGCGUCCAUGAUGACUGGAUUGGCUGCAACGUUUCCAGCUAUCCGGACCGCAAUGUCCACGAGUUCCUGCAAUGUGUCCACAAGUCUUUAGAGGACAUUUUUAAAGUUCUGGAAGGGAAACCACUCAGUUAGGGGAUGAGUCUAUAGUGACGGUGGUCAUUGUUAUUUAAUGGUUGAGGUGAUGGUUUGGACCAUCUAGAAAUCUCAAAUAAAUGGGUUAACUAUUAUGCUAUCAUCUGUACAGACUGUAGGAUUGAGGACUGUGGACCUCUUUGAUUGUCUGUCCUGGUUCUAAGAAGUGACCUUCAAGAACACUGCAGUAAGAGAUAAACUUGAAGUAAAUUUUGUGUAAAAUAACUGGUGGCUCUGAAGUACAGUAAUGUGUGAUAUGAAUAGUCAUAUUAAUCUUGUGGAAUGUAUUUUAAAAUAAAUUAAUUUGAAUUAAUAGGUCUCAGUUCAUACAAAACAAAAAAGCAUUUUGUUGCAGUAAAAUAGCAGGUCCUA